AUGGAGUGGCCAACGCCUGCUCGUGUACCCAAACAAAAAAAGCGGCAAACGCCCUUGACCUUUGGAACGAUUAUGCCUACACAACAGCGACUGUGGAUCUACAUUGAAGGGACACGUCGUGCUACGAAGGUUCCUGAUGAGUUGUUAUCGUGCUCCGACUUGGAUCUUCUCGCGCUCAAGCUCUGUCAAACGUUCACCGCGCUCAAAAACACCGAUCCGCUGCAACUCGAAUUCCUUUUCGAUGGGCGAUCUCUUCCUGGAGACACCGAGCUUUUGAAACUCAUCACGACUGCCAAGGCACCCCUCGUCAUUCGCUAUCCGUUGUCAGACCGCACGCUCCGUUUACGCAUCAAUCUGGCACAGAAGUGGUUCAAAAUGGACUUCCCGCACGAAACCGGGCUUUGGGACACCAUAAACAAAGAAAUUUCUGAUAGGUGGUCUAGCAUUAUUGGAGCUAGCAGGAUCUACCUCACUGAAAACGUCAAAUUGGCGAGCGACAAAGUGGAAAUUAUUAAUGAUUCUGGGCUUCUCGCGUAUCUCAAAACAAAUGAUGGAAAAAACGAAUUCAGUUUCUCCGUCCAAAUGAGAGAUAAAAAGCCAUUUAGUGACUGGAGUUGGGUGGAUAUUCAAGGGCUUAUGAAGGUUGGAUGGUCAUCUUACACCGAUGCACCUGAUAUGUCGUUGGACGAACUCCCACAAGUAGAUUUGAGUACUCAGGAGAUUAAGUUAAUGCUUGAUGAACUCAAGAAAAACAAGGCCGCAUUCAAACAUGUCAUGAGAAAUGAAAUGACCUGCAGAGAAUUUAUAUCUCCCUUUCUAACUGCAGCCGUCAGACAUCUUCAAAGUGAAGAAGGAAACCUUCAACUUAAUGCUGAAGACGAACUUAAUGGAACUCGUGCCUAUGGUUCUGUGGAUUAUACGAUCUUAUCAGAAGGGUUAAUCGUUUGUGUCACAGUGGUGAAAAAGGAAGAAACUUUUGAGAAGGGGAUGGCGCAGAAUAUAGCACAAAUGCAUACUGCCGUGGAGAAACUAGGAAAACGCAAGGCAGAUGUGUUGGGUCCACUUUUAGAAUCGGAAUCGGAGUCGCUAUCAUCAAUGGCGCAAGAUGAAGUGCCAAUUCUUAUGUACGGUAUUGUAUCCAAUGCAUCAAGAUGGCGGUUCCUUCAAUGGGCGGGACCUGAAGCGGAUCCUACCUUGCAAAUCUCUACCGAGUUUACGUGUAAAUUCGAUGACCCAAAUGUCGAUGGAGCAGAGCAGAUGCUGAAGCACAUCGCAUCCAUUAUCAAGAGUCAAAUUGGUGUUGUUAAAGAUCCUACCAAAUCCAGACGCGUUAAGAGAUUCAAACGCCAAUGA